UCUUGCUUGUCUUCCUCCCUAGCUAUAAGCCACUCAACCCAACCAAGAAAUCAACCCAAUUUCUGAUCGCAAAGUCAAAAUCUUGCACGCCAUGGAUGCCAACGGCGACGGCCUGCACACCAAUGGCGCCGCCGCCACCACCCAGGGGAAGCCCAUCACAUGCAAAGCGGCGGUGGCGCACGGCCCCGGCGAGCCGCUGGUGAUGGAGGAGGUGGAGGUGGCGCCGCCGGCGGCGAUGGAGGUGCGGGUCAAGGUGCUCUUCACCUCCAUCUGCCACACUGACCUCAGCUCCUGGAAGGGAGAGAACGAGCUGCAGCGAAAGUUUCCUCGCAUCUUGGGUCAUGAGGCUGCCGGGGUGGUAGAGAGCGUGGGGGAGGGAGUGAAGGACCUAGCUCCGGGCGAUCACGUCGUCCCCAUCUUCUCCGGCGAGUGCGGCGCGUGCGCGUACUGCGAGAGCAGCAAGACCAACCUCUGCAAGACCUACCGCGUCGACCCGUUCAAGAGCACCAUGGUCUCCGACGGCGGCACCCGGUUCGCCAUCGUCGACCGCUCCUCCGGCGAGCGCCGCCCGGUUUACCACUUCCUCAACACCUCCACUUUUGCCGAGUACACCGUGCUCGACGCUGCCUGCGCCGUCAAGAUCAACCCCAAGGCUCCAUUGGAGAAGAUGAGUCUCCUCAGCUGUGGGGUGUCCACAGGAGUGGGAGCUGCAUGGAACACUGCAAAUGUGUCCAAGGGAUCCACCGUGGCAAUAUUCGGGCUUGGUGCCAUUGGUCUUGCGGUUGCUGAAGGUGCCAGAUUAAGAGGAGCAUCACGAAUCAUCGGAGUUGACAUAAACCCUGAAAAAUUCUCUAAAGGCAAGGAGAUGGGCAUCACUGACUUUAUCAACUCCAAGGCAUGUGGCAAGCCUGUCCAUGAGGUUAUCAUGGAGAUGACAGAUGGCGGUGUCGAUUACAGCUUCGAGUGCACCGGCAUCGCCGAUGUUCUACGGGAGGCCUUCGUUUCCACGCAUGAUGGUUGGGGCCUGACCGUGGUUCUUGGGAUCCAUGCGACGCCCAGGAUGCUGCCGCUGCACCCGAUGGAGCUCUUCGAUGGCCGUCGGAUCACUGGCUGUGUUUUUGGCGAUUUCAAGGGCAAAUCCCAGCUUCCUGAAAUCGUGGACAAGUGCAUGCAGGGUGAGAUUAACAUAAAUUUUGAUGGGUUUAUAACCCACGAGAUGCCCUUCGCCGACAUCAACAAAGCUUUCCAGUUGCUGGAGGAGGGGAAAUCACUCAGAUGUUUACUCCAUGUCUGAUGACACAUGUGGAUUAGUUGUAAAUCCGAGUACAAAAAUAAAUCAAGCAUAAAUGUUUUGGCAGUUUUUGGAUGUAUAACGCUCUUGUAAAUAAAAUCAGUUGAACUUUGUUUCAAAAAGAUAAUUAUUCAUUGCUAUAUAGCAUUAAUAUUUGUAAAGGGUGUGUAUAUGAGAGUGUGCGUCUUUUUAUAAUCGCAAAAAAAAAAUAUUUGUAGCCGAGUUUAACACUUGUUUC